ACCGCGCUGUCCCGGAGCCGUUGCCAUGUUAGAGCAGUAUGGGGGAGUUUCCCGCAGAAUGCGCCGUUACACAGCGUGAAAACUUUUCCCUCCGCUCCACGCUCCGCUCAUUCCAUCCCGUCUGCUGCUCCAGGAAAACCUGCAUGGCUGUUUACAAAGCCUUGAUAGCGGAUAUCUCCAGCCAGCGAGUGCGUUAACAGGCAGGAAAAUGAGCAAAACUGCGUUCUGUUGUCCAUUUCUUCUCCAAACUUCAGACGCGGGUCUGGGGGGACCGGUCCGGACGGGUUGUUUUCUUCAGGCUACAGAUUAAAAGCUGCAGUCUGCAGGAAUGAGGGAGCAGAGCUAGAGGCCCAACUCUGCACCGCCUGUGUCAGGAUGGAGCUGAAGGUUUGGGUGGAUGGAAUCCAGCGUGUGGUCUGUGGAGUCACUGAGGCCACCACCUGUCAGGAAGUGGUCAUUGCACUGGCUCAGGCUAUAGGUCGCACUGGACGCUACACACUAAUUGAGAAAUGGAGAGAUUCUGAGCGACAUUUGGCUCCUCAUGAGAGCCCUGUUGCCUCGUUAAACACUUGGGGACAGUAUGCUGGCGAUGUCCAGUUCAUUCUGCACCGCACUGGCCCUUCCCUCACAGAGCGCCCUCCCUCUGAGGGGCCUCCUGUCUCCCGGGGCCCUGAACGUGGCCUGCACCGCCAAAGCCUCCCGAUUAUGGCUAAGCUCCGAGCCCAGGGUGAGCGAUCUCUCCGCCGUCGUGAACCACGCCGCAAAUCCCUCACCUUUACAGGGGCGCCACGUGGCCUUAGGGACAUCCUUAAUGGCACCAGAAUUGGAGACAGAGACUCCAAGCGUUGUGUUGUUCUGAUGAACAGUGCACCCCAAAGCCUGUCCACAUCCCCACGGCUGCCUUCAAGUCGUGUGGAAGAGUUGACUCGCCUUGUGAGGCUACAGAGGGAGUCUCUGACUGUUCUGGAGCGCCGAACGGAGACAUGUGAUGCAGAGCUGCAGGCAUGGAGCCAAAAGAGGCCAAGCAGCGAAGACUCCUGGGCAGUCAUGACUGAGGAGAUGGUGCAGCUAGAGCAGCAGCUGUGUCGGAACCAGGUGGAGGUGGAGGAGGAGGAGUUUUGGGCGAGCGAGCUACAGAUUGAGCUUGAAAGUGAAAGGCAGCUGGAGGACCGGCUGCAGGAGGUGCACACUCGGCUCCGGGCCUGCGAGACUGAGCUGGAGCAGAGACUGGCCCGUCUGCAUGGCAUGGAGGCAGGGUUGGAGGCCCAGCGGCAGCAAGAGCAGACGAGGGAGAACCAGCUGUGGAGUGAAGGAGAAGUGAAGGCCAGGCUACAGACCGUGAAGGCUGAACUCAAGGCUCAGGCUCAGCACACAGCACAGCUGGAAAACAGCUGCAGGGCUGUGGAGAGGUCACUGAGUCAGUCUAGUAAGAGACUACAGGAGAGUCAGUUUGAGCUUGAGCAGCUAACUAAAGAGCUGAGGCAGGUCAAUCUUCAGCAGUUCAUCCAGCAGACUGGCACUAAAGUGACUGUGCUGCCUGUGGAGCCCAGUGAUGUGGAGGCCAGCGUUCCCCCGGUGCCUCAGGAAUCAGCACUGACUGGUUCACUGAAGCGCCCAGGCCCGUCUCACGCAGUGGGAGUUAACCUGCGGGUGCUACACAGCCCCAUCACCUCAGCCCUCAACCCUGAGGGCAUCUACGUGUGAGGAACAGAGGAACACCUGCAGCCACCUUUACACAUCCGCUGAAAAACAUCAGAGUUUUUCAACAAGUCCAUGCGAUUUCAUAAAAACAUUGAGUGAUGCAUCAAGACUGUUUUGAAAGGCAGUCAUAGGAAGUGAUUUGUUGGUUAAGACUGGUAGUUAAUGUUUGUCUUUGCAGUGUUGGACAGUUGAUGGAGCAACACAGUAAGAAGCAUGAAGGACAAAUGAAGGUAUAUAUAUAUAUAUUAUUUUGGUAUUGGUAAACUGGAAAUAUACCUCAACCCAAGACCCAUCUAUUAGCUGAAAUAUCUGCUUUUAACUCUGAUGAACUCUGAUAAAAGAAUGUUUAUUUCCUCCAUGGAGACUGUGGAGCAGCAGGCCUAUAUGAGGAAGGACAUACUGUAUUAGGAACGAGUUACUUCAGAAAUGUGAAUAUAUUUUUACAAAGCUGUUAAAUUGUCAGUUCAUCCACAAAGUGUUGUUCACAUAAGCAACAUGACACAUGCACCUUUCUGUCUUUACUGUGGCAUCAUAUUUUAUGCUGAGGUUUAUAUUUUGCCAUGGUUGGUAUUAUAUUUCUUUGCCUACUCCACAUUUAGAUUUUUUAGCGAUGUUGAGCCAAAGAUGCCUGCUAAUAUGUAUAUUUUUGGUAGCCAUAAUCAAACUACUUGGAUGCAGUUUUAUAGCAAUACAUCUCUAGCUAUAUAAUUAGCUAAUUUUCAUCAUGUUUACCCUUUAGGUUUUACGAAUAUAUAGCUUAUGCAAGACAAUUUGCCAUGCACAUGUGUAAAACUGAGCUUUGCAUUAGUAUUAAAUAAACUUUGCAGUAUUACAGUAUAUUAUGCUUGACAAAUCAUAGAUUGGGCCCUGUCAAUUAACCAGUUUUUAACUGUUAUAAUUGUAACCAGUGCCUUAAGUCUUUAAUGAAGCAUUAACACGAUCAAAAUGGGGAGCUUCCCAAGUCCAUUUAUACAUGACAUAGGUGGUGACGGUGAACUAACAUGCAUUUAUUAUUUUAUAUAAAAACACAUCAGCUGUGUUUGAAAUCCCUCGUUUGUUUACUCAUUGACUUAAUUUCAUUUUCUUUUGCCAUACUACUACACAAAACACUGAAUGGGGGGCACGUGUGUGAAUCAUGGCAUCAGUCCAUUUCAGAAGCUUCAGGCUUGCUAGCAUAACAUUUCAUUGUACCGUUAUUUGUAAAGGAAUGAAGGCUCAGUGCUCUAUGGUGCAAUUUUAAUAAAAUGCAUUGUAUAUAGACAACAAAUCAAAAAUGUACUGUAAAUGUUGAACUAUAUGAACUAGAUGGAAAUUCCGUUUGGGCAGUAGUGUUAUCCGCUACAACAUGAAAUUAACAGGGAUUCCAGACACAGCCAUUAUUUCUUUGUGCUCACUGCUGCAUUUUGUGCUUGUUGUGAACAGUGUCGAUUUUUAGUUUCUUUAAAGAUUUUUUCUACUUUGAAACUGUAUUUUUAAAAAAACGUGGUAAUGCCAUGCAUAUGUAAAUUAUACAUAUUACUUAUAAAGCUCUUUGUGUUUUACUGCACUGCAUUUCAACAUUAAAAUCAAAUUAACACAAA